AUGAUAAUUGGCAAUUUGGGUAAUAAAGAAAUAUUACUCUUCUGCUGCGAUGAUGGAGAUGUGACGGCAUACUACACGGACCUUCUAGCAGAGGAACUUCAACAGGCGGAGCAAAGUACAGCAUCAUCAAUUCCUAUUGGCAAUACACGACCUUUUUUUCAUGAGAACGUCGGAGAGAGUGCUUGGGGUCUUGCUAUUCAUCAAAAAUCGCGCCUCAUUGCAGUAAGCUCCAACAAACACGAAGUUACUGUCUUUGUCCAUGCCACUUAUAGUAAUGAGCCUUGCAACUGCGCUGUAAUGGGUACUAUCCUUGACCCUACCUAUGGUGAAUUUGUUCGACAUGACAAUGCCCAGAAAGCUUUUCCCGUCAUGGAAUGUCAUUCAAAAGGUUUGGUCUUUUCAGAUGAAGGCCUUUUCUCAGACAGUUUAUUCCCCGUGCGACGUCUUAUAAGGACCCCUAGCCCUGAUGAUCCGGUAGCUGAAGGCCUUUUACCAGAAACACCAUGUUCUCGUAACUUUAGAUUAAUUCUUCCGCUUCCAAAUUCUCACAAUAUUCCUGCAAUUGCUUUCGCAGAUGACAACAAUGGCUUAGCUGAAUUCAUGCUAGCUACCGAUAUUGGGGGCAGUUUGUGGUCGCUUGAAAUAUGGCGGGGAGCCGUGAAAUUGUUUGGAUCAGCCCUUGUUGAGGGAUUUCGUUCAAUGGGCUGGGGUGUCAUGACUAUACCAUUGCGAUAUUUUAGACGAUCCCGAAAUUUUCAAGAUGCUUUAGGUAUGGAGGAUCUAAAUUAUGCUUGGCACAAAUCCAUACACAAUAGACCUGGGACUGAGUAUUGUAUGAACGUUUCUUCAUGCUUGAAGCGCCUCGAGCUUGAAGAUGAAAAAAUUGGCGGUGCGACGGGUAUUUCUUUUGGCAGGAGCGAUCUCACAAGUCAUACAGAUGGGACUCAAAUCACCAACCCUGAAGACAAUUCAGACAAUGAACAGGAACAAGAUGAGGAGAUCGUGCGCAGCAACUCGCCACCAAAUAAAAUAAAAGGAAUAAGCUGUCCUAAAAAAGACAAUUCAAGGCCCAAGAGACGACUAGCUUUACAACCCAGUGACUUCAUGAAACAGGUUGACGACUUAUCACGUUCUGUCGUCAAUCCUACCUCCAACCUUAGUGAUGGAGCUGCCGUCCUUCGAACUUGGAAAGACAGCAUCGAACUCGUUCCCUCAUUUUCACACAUGCCCCCCACGGUAUGCUCGAGUAACUUCUUUAGUCGAGGAGCACUGACAGGCUUUGGCCAAACUUUCCAUCAAAUAUCUAGAACCAACAUGAUGGCACUAAUACCAGAACUAUCACUUGUUGUUGUUGCUUCUCAGAAUGGUCGAGCGGCUAUAUUGACGCUUUCGAAAGUGGGACUGAUUUCUACCCCCGCUUUCGUUCCUGCUUUCCGCGUUGAAGCUCUCCUUCCGCCUGAAAAGUUCUAUGAAAAAUAUCUCAAAAAUGAUCAGAGAGAAAAAUCCCCACUUCUUGGAAUGGCCGUGUCUCCCAUACAGAACGGAAGCGGGAUCAAAUUAGAGGCUGGAGCAUAUCCGAGGAGGUGGAGGCUUAUUAUGCAAAGCUAUGAUCAUACGAUUUGA